UUGAGACAAACGCUGCAAAAUAUACAAACCGGCAAAUCACUAAAAAACUGACUAGUAUAUGUGUAGUCGAGUGGCUAGACUACUACCAGUUGGACAUAACUGAAUAUCUGAAAUUGUAUCGAAAUAAAAAGAAGCGAGCGCAAAGAAAUCAAUUGGAUAUUGCAUAUCCGCGAACAAUGAAACAAGGUCAGACCAAAGAGAAGCGGGGUACUAUUCAUAAAAGUUCACAGCAUAAUAGUAAAAAAGGAAAGGGACAAAAUACUAAAAAAGCCAAGUUUCAUGAGCUUAUAGCUCGGCAAAAGCAAAUAAAAGACGUUCGUUCUAUUUUUUUUAGGUUUUUUAAUUAAUAGAUAAAAAUUGAAAAGAAAAAGGCGAUAGAGAAAAAACGAGAAGAGCGUCUUCACAAACGUAAAGAACGUAACAUCUCAAUGCAGAAGUUGACAAGAAAAGGACAGCCUGUCAUGAAACACCGCAUUAAGCUACUCCUUAAGCAGUUGUGUCCUGGAGAUACAUAAAUAAAUUUUGUUGAUACCACUUAGUCUCUUUUAUCCGUGAUGCUUAAUUUUUGAUUGCUGAUAAGUUAGUGAAAUGGCCAAGUGUCUUACUUGGUAAGGAUUGAUUCUUCACAUGCAUACUGAAAUGGUUCAUUUGAACCAUUUGAAAUGCAACGAAAUUUGCUUUGCGAUAGGUUAAAAGUAAUUAUGUUUGCUGACAGAUGAGAAUAACUAAAUUAUCUUCAAGCCCUUAGUUGUUCCUGGUCAAGAAGAUGGUAAUUUAUGUAUUUUAUCAUGACACGCAGCCGAUUACAUAAAAAUCAAAAAAAUUAAAAACUGCGAAAUAUUAAUCUUGUGAGUUGGGAAAUAUACGCUGGUAUUGCAAAUGUGAGGAAGUAGGAGAGUAUGAUAGUGCAAUCAAUAAACAAGUGAACGGAAAUAAUAUUUGAUAGAAAUGUAGCUGAAAAAGAUUUCUUUCAGUUUAUGAUACUCAUCUCGAUUCCAUGAAUUGUAACAGAAACUGCUGCAGAAUCACCGAUAACUUCUGUCCUAUGCCAUACCUGAUAACGUCUCAAGUCACUGAGUUACAUGGCUGUUAGAACCUUAAAUAAAGUCACAGUGGGCUGGCAGAUACAAGUCGUAUACAGUUAUCUUUCAUACCAUGACUCUAUGCCAUGAACCUGUUUUUCUUAUCUUCUUGUACCCAAUUCUAUCUUUGGUAAACAAUGCCCUUUAUGAAAGCCACUGAUGGAACGUAACCAAACCACCAAAGUCGACGUUUCCAGGUGAUUAUAUCGUUUGAAUUAUCAUCACUCUCGUAGAAAAAUUGACGAAACUCGGGAUUAUUGAUGUAGCAUCGCCAACGUAUGCCAGCAUUUCUGCAGAAAUAACCAUGUCCGAAGACUGAAAGUCUCCACACAUCCUUAGUGCAGACAUUAAACUGAACUGCUUUCACUUAUGUGCUGUGAGCUCGAACGUUUGCAGCUGAACCAACACCACGACGGCGUCAAAAACGGCUCAAAUUGGCAUAAGGCUCCUAGGUUUUCUAAAAACACAAAUUGAUCUCAUUUGUCACACCACAAUCAAGGAUUCAGAUAAGUGAACGUCUCGACUUUCUGACGAUUCAUCAUGAGUGAGUACUAGCAUUGAUUCUCACUAGCCUUGUGAAGGUACUUCCAAUCGUAAUGACACAGAACACGUCCCAUAUUUACGGACAAUGUCAACUGAUCAGUUGCGACUCGAACAGCUUGUCAAUCAUUACUCGGUAGCAAAAUGUCAACUGGAAUUUGGAAUCGUUCCCCUCUCUGAUCAUUCUUUCUGUUUUUAUGCCUUGAUUUAACCAACUAGAAGUCUUAGUCAAUCAGGAGAGAUAUCAACCUCUGAUUUUCUUCUGCCCACCUAUCCUAUCGGUGUUGUAAUAAUAUUCGGGAAUAGAGUUGACAAUUACCUGAAAAUCUGGGAAUUACUAGACAAAUCGUGUUAAGUAUCUGCUCAUAGCUUUUUCCCUGAAAUUUUCGAACCACAAGGAAAAUUUUGUUAGUGUUACACUCAAUAGGGACUUCAGUCCUAUCUUGUGUAAGUAGUAUCCCCUCUUUAAAAACUUUUUAACUCAGGUCUCUUCUGCUUUCAAUCCCUGUUAGCGAAUACAAUUAUAAGGUAUACAUUCUCCCGGUUGCCAUCAAUAAGUGGCUUUGUAUUAAUAUUCCGAUCACCACAAGCCAAAAAUAUAUUUAUAACACCAUCGUUGCGGAUGAAUAUGUCCACAAAAUUUUGCUUACAUUAUUCCAUAAUAAGAGAUUGAGAGAUGAAUUCCACUACUUCAGAUCACUUAAGUAAAAGGUCCUAUUUAUGAAACGUGUCAUUUUAGCAUAAUAAAAGUACCGACAAUGGUCUUCUGUAGUAGUACACCUUUCUGAAGUCUAUUUGAGCACGAUGAUCAUUGAGACAACUCAUUUUUACUAUAUCUCGCUACUAAUAAGUGGGAAUAAUGGUACUGGUGUGAUUGAAAAUACUGAAUAUUGACAGCAGAGUGAUUAUGUCCUUUUUGUUGUACUUAAUCCACAGUUUCUAUAACAAUCACAGUCGUAACAUAUUCCAUCAUCUGACAUUUUUGACCCAAAUCUAGUUGUGAUUUAAAAUGAAUUUAAACUUGUACUGUAUGCUAUACUCUCAUUGUCUACUAGAAUACAUUUUCUUGAGAAGUCUUUUUGUAAUCAUAACUUUUUUUUAUUUGAUUUAUCUCCCAAUGUUUGAAUGUGAACAGCAUCAAACUUUGACUGUGAUUAGCAUAUACAAAGAAUCAGUGUGUGAUGAUUAUCUUGUCAUUUUGCAUUUCACUUAAGCCUCACUCUCGGUUUGUGAUAUAAGCUUCGGAAAAAUAUGAAAAGUACACUUCCGCAUCAAGGCUAUUCACGCCAUGUUUACAGUCUUGAAGUUAUUGAAACAUGUUCAUUUUUAAAAUAUUUGACUGUUAUGUGGAAAAAAACAAAACUUUUUUUAUAAAAGCUAGAUAUAGACUGAUGUAUUUUGGGGAGAAGUAAUAACUUUAUGUGUAUCAAUUUAUUAGUCAUACAAAGUCGUAAAACUAUUAUGUUGUAAUUAUAUACUACUAAUAGCGUCUUAGUUUUCCCUUUCUAUUUAAAUCGUUUUCCUCCGUCUUGUUUUUUCAACCCACAGACUAAAAAAAGAAAUCUAAACAUAUUCCUUGGUUCUCACAAGAACAGAUGGCUAUGAAUGAAUUAUUUUAACAAGCGUUAAUAAGCGAACUGUAACAUCAUAGUCUCUCUCUCUCCAUAUAUAUAUAUGUAUAUAUAAAGACUUUCAUUUCAUCCCUUCUUAAAAUGCUUGCAUGUUAAAGAGACACAAGACAGUAAUAGACCACAAAACUAAAUAUUAUUACAUUUAUCCAUCAAAUAUGCAACAAACAACUAACAAUAAUAAUAAAUCAUCCAGAUGUCUAAUAAAUUUAUGAUUACUGAAAUUCUUCAAGAUCCUAUCGAAAAAUCAUCAAUUACACUAAAUAGCUCUUCAAUUGAUAAGUUCUAGAUCUAUCAUCUUCGAAAAUUAACCAAACUAAUCGAUCCAAACACCAGCGUAACUUAUGGCCUAUAAUAUUCAAAGAAUUGGAAUUCAGUUGUAAGCCAAUUAUUGCAACUGAGGAUUAUCAUCAACGUAGCAGUAGUGGUAAUAGUAGUAAUCAAUUUUCCAAACCAAAUUAUCUAUUCGGUUGUGAAUCUUCUGACAGUUAUACAAGUAUGGUUGAUAUGGUUAAAUCGGAUGAUGAUCUAUCACAAAAAUGGUGUUUGAAAUCUGAUGCAAAUACAAAAGCAAAUAUUUACAAUGAAAAACGGUUGAUAAAAAGAAAAUUUCGUAAAAGCUUUCUACCUAAAACUAAUCAAACAUUUGAAUUCGAACGUAAACAUAGACAAGCUUAUACAACAGAUCAACUUGAACGUUUAGAAACAGAAUUUGAAAAAGAUAAAUAUUUAAAACUAAACAGACGGAUAGAAUUAUCAAAUGAAUUAAAUCUAACUGAGACACAAAUUAAAACAUGGUUUCAAAAUCGUAGAACUAAAUGGAAAAAGAAAUUAUACUGGUUGAAUUCUGCAAGCCGAUUAUCAGUAAAUUCUGUUAAACACGAAAAUAGUUCAUGGUCAAUAUCUAAUAAAUCCACUACGAACAGUGAACAACAAUCUGUAGUAAAUAACUAUUAUACAAGUUUUAUACCUACUCAAUUUCAUUGAUGAUAAACUGAUCAUAAGCUGUACUAAUCAUCAGUUUGUAUUUUAUCUAUUGUCUUUAUGAAAUAAACAAAUAUAUAAGAAUUUUAAUUGUUUUUCUAAAUAACUGUAUGUAGGCGAGACUAUAAUUUAUGGACGAUAUAAUCAGAUAUAAGCAAACAGGUCUUGGAUUUUGGCGCGAAAUUCAUUCAUCCAUCCGGCUAAAUAACAUAGCCUAUGUUGACACAAAACUAAUAAUUACACAGCAAACGUCUAUACGUAUCUUAUUUCGUAGUUUACUUAAAUAUCACAUAGCAAAAACUUGUGAUUACGACUGCUAAGCGUAUUCUGUUUACCAUUUAUUAUAGGGAUAGUCAACUCUCCCAGACAACUCGUACUUUGUCUUUCUCUAAUUUUAAACUAGUUUUUCCUCACCAAAUGUUACGAUGAAAUAACCUUUAAUUUUUGAUUGUGUCAAACAUCACUUCUAUUACUGGUUUGUUUAUUCUUUACCACGCUACUGUAUCAGCCUGUUUUAAAGGAGAUUGUUAAUUUGAUUAUGCCGAGUAUUUGUAUGCUUAAUAGAUUACUUUCAUCGUCAGAUAUAACUUCUCGUAUUUAACACUGUUUAACGAACACUGGAUCACCAGUGUAAGGGCGAUUAAGCAUUAGGAAGACAUUUCAAACAAGUACAUUUUUGAAGUUAGACUGAGCUAACAAUAAUAAUAGCUUUUAAGCCAAUAGCAGAAAGGAAGGUGUGUUUGUGGAAAUUUGUUGAAAACGUAAUUUUUCAUCCACAUAACUCGAGCAUAGUGAAAACCAUCUUUGAACCCAGAAAGUAAUAUUUACAGUGUACUAGGAAAUUGUUUGAUGUAGAUGUAAGGCUAAUAGUUUGUUAGCCAUAUGGAAUAAAUUUCCAUAAUUUUGUCUUUACAAAAACACAGUCGACAGUUGUCUUUCUAUAAAAAAUAGAACAUUCUAUUAUGGUCAAAGAGUGGCUUGGUAACCAAAAUAAUGCAAUUACUUAACUUUAUUUUACAAAGUUUAAAGUAAUAUUUUAAAAAAAACUGUUGUUUACACCAAGUGUAACAAAGUAAAAAUUUAAAGACACUUUUCACGCAGGUUUUUCUCUCAAAAAAUCGAUUAAUCUAACAAAUUCAAGCAUACAAAGUGUGCUUAGAUUACGGGUGUACACUGAAACUUGAAAAUUACACCACUACACAAUAUAAUUUCACAAUGCUCACGUUAUACAUCUAAAUUAAUCAUAUGUUGUGAGACAUAUAUUGUCCUUUACCAAGCUCACUGCUGACUUGUGAAUCAUGUGAUUAUUAUCUAUCAUUCUAUCAAUAAUAACUAGAUCAAUUCUAAAUGCUGCAUUAUAUAUCUUUAUGUUUGUAUGUAUUACUAUUGUUGUUUGUGACAAAAAACAAAAAUGAUAUUAUAUGUUGAGAUGAAUAGUGGCUACCAGUGGAAUCCAGGACGCGCGUCUCGUCCUAUGUGGGACUCGUUAGCCGGAUAUACUUGCAUCUCCGAGUUGGUAUUCACUCUGGGACUCGAGCUCAGUACCGUUCGCUUCCACUUAGCUACUGAGUCCUGAUAGCCACCUGCUUGUGAAAUGGGAUGAAGUUUAAAUUCACUUGGUAUUGUAUUAUUAGUAAACAUAAAAUUAAUGACCAUAAAUUCCCAAUCAAUUAACAUAACGCUGAAUAUAUACCAUUGUCAAUAGUUAUAAACAGUGUCACUAAACAUGUAAUGCAACACAAAUCAAUUGGUAUUAUAGGACAACAAAAUAUGCAAACAUAUGUUUAAAUUAUUUUUCAUUUAUACAUUAAUUGUAAAAUUCACAAUCACUUGCUUUAAGAUAACUAUGAGAAAGGUUAGAUUUUUAAUAUUAAAGUUAUCAAAAGAAAUAUAAUUUCAUGAAUUGAUAACCCAUGGUGCUGACUGGAUACUUUCGGUCAUCAUAGGUAAGAUGGUUAGUCGUCUACGCCAUUGUUUAAAUUGUAUUAUUAUAUAACAAAAAUGAAUAUAUUUUAUGAAAAGAAACUCAAUCCUUAUGCUAUGGAAAUGAUGUUCUGCUUCUGUUGCACAGUUUUGUUGAUAAUAAAUUCACAUUAAUUCAGGAAAAAAACAGAUGAAAAUCAGUCUUGAAACGUUAGUUUUGCCUAGCAUUGAUAUAUA